CGCUUAUUUUGAAAAACAGAAUCUCACAAGCCCUAUAAGAUUUAUAUAGCCCAUUGUUCGAACCCCGAUCUGGGUUGUCUUUUGCAAACAAAAGCACACGUUCGAGCUCUCGCUAAACAGAUCAAUUGUCAUUUAUUGGCUCUCCUAAAAUUUCUUGCCAUAAUGACAUUGAAUUUCUUAAAUCUGCGAGUGUUGGAAAACAGGGAUAUCUUUCGGUUUGGAAAACCUCGAACAUGAACACUCCGCUUUGAAACGCAAAUAUGAUUUCGAAGGCCAUUUGUAGCUUCAGACCGCCAAGCGGAAUCUCAGACUACUUACAGCAAUGCCGAACACGAAUCCAACACGCUCAAGCAAGUAUUGGAAACAUUCAAACAAAAACUACGUUGCGUCUACACAUGCGGGUGCAGCGAUUUUCUUGACGGCAUAUCUUCUUUGCUUCUUCAAGACCAUAACCUGGAAUCUCUCGAAGUCGGACAAAGAAGCUCUCUUUUGUCUGAUGGCAGCCUUCUUGGCAGCAGGAGUGGCAGCGAACUUGGCGUCAAUGUCGGCAGCGGCCCACUUCUUGGUGACAACACCGGUUCUGGCACCUCUUGGCAACUUUGGCAAGACAACUGGCGUCAAGGUGACCUUGGCCAAGGCAAUAGCCUACACUUUACAUACUCUCUUUUGGUCGAUGAUCUCGACGAUGGUGGCCAAUUUGGAACCGUCGACUAAGACAACACGGCCCAAUUCAACCAAUCUCCAGUUAGCGGUUUUGACGGUGUUGAAAAAAGAUUAG